GUCAUUUUGUGCACAUAUGUACAUAUGUCACCGCAAAUUUAAUAUUUAUUGUUUGUUUAUUUGUUGUGUUUAAAUUAAAUGGCAUAUCUUCCUUCCACAUACAUUCAACAAAAAGGGAUUUCCAAGCGUGUUUUAAAACAGAUAACAACCUCAAAAAUUUCUAAAACUAUAACUUCAGAAAAUUCGAAAAAUGAAACUGCCAAAUACGCUUUGGGUGAUCAAGGAAGUUUAACUACUUCUGCUGGUUCUUCAAAACAAUUACAGUCACCAAUUUAUGUGCACGAAACUAGACAUAUUCUUACAAAAAUUCCUAGUACAUCAAGCAAUACCCAAAACAAAAAGAAUAAUAACCCAAUUGAACAUGAAACUUCAAACGUAUUCCAUGAUUGUGGAAACCACAACCACCAACGUAUGACGCAAAGCACAUUACCAAAACUAUUACGGGCAGCUUACGCUAAGGCACCAUUCCCGAAAAGAAAGUUACCAAAAUCUAGUUUUCCGGUAGAUGAUAACAGGCAAAUCAGCAAAGAAAGUUUGAUACAAGUAGAAGAAACUUACUGGAUGAACUGGAAACCUAGUACUACCUCUAAUCAAAAACCAAAAAGUAGUUAUAAAAAAAAGCAACCAAAAAAUAUUAAAACUAAAAGUACACAGAAUAGUAAAGUAACUGCGUCAUUUUUGCAAGGAUCAAACAUCCCACGAAAAAAUACUCAGAAAACAGCUUCUCUUUUCCAGUACAGCAAGAAUAAAUUUGGCAAGGAAAGUCAUCCGUUGCCCCCACGUUUUAACGAUCAAGAGUUGAAAAUUUUUCCAACAUUAUCUGUAAAGACUGAUCUGACAUACUAUUCACAAGAAUUUGAAACAAAUAGAGUAGAUUACGAUGAAUCGCUUUUAUUUUCAAGGAGAAAGAGAGAAAGCAGCGCAUCAUCUAGCAUUUCAACCAAAACAGAUAACUUAAAAAAAAAUAGUGAGCCAGUUUCUCUACGAAAAGAAGAAGUUGAAUCUGAUAGGGUUUUAACUGAUAGGAGUCAACCAACUGAUAAAUCUCCAACUGUUAAAAGUCAAGUUGUUGUUACGUUCAGUGACCAUUCUUCUGUUAUUUCUAAGUCAGAUACAAAGUUGAUUCCAAACGUUGCUCAAAAUUCUCAAACAAACAUAGAAAAUUCUACUGCUUCGAAGAAAUCUGGAAAAUCAUUAAUUCAUUCCUUACCUUCCAGUAAGAAUUCUCAAAAAACUGCAAACAGUAAACGAAAACUAAAAGAACAAUCAAUUGAACCCCACUAUGCAGCAGAAUCUGAUAAUGAAGAAAUAACAGAACUUAAACAUACGGAUUCCUUAAUAUUAGCAUGUAAUAAGAAAAGUAGAGAAAAACCAUACUUACAACAACCAAAAGCAAUAAGGCUGUUUAAAAGAUCUGUAUCAACAAAAACUGCAAAAAUAAAAUCUCCAGGUCCAAUUCUUAAGAAAGAUACCUCCCCCAGUAAAAAAUCCCCACUAAUUCGACUAGGAAAACCUGGUAGUCCAGUGGUUUUAUCAAGUAAAUUUUCAAGAAAAAGUAAAUGACCAUCUUCCACUACCACUCUCAAAAUAUUCUUUAGAUUACAUGUUUUAAUUUAAUAUAAGUAGAGGAUCUGAAAAUUUUACUUAAUGUAACACAAAAAUUGAAAACCUAUUUUGACA